UGGCCACGCUCGGCGGCGUUGUUUUUCUCGUGCAAUUUCGUUUCAAAAUUUAAAUUUUGUUGGUUUUUUAAGUUAAAACUAUUUUCGUUGCAUUCCCUUUCGUUCCUUACUCGCUUCCUUCGCAACGAUGUGAUGAGUGAUUCCGAUGACACGGACGUUUUGCUGCUGAUUCCACCGGAUUUCUUCAACGUCGGCGCAACCGCAUCCGUCACCCCGAUUCCAGCGGGAUUGCAGGCCGGGAUUCCCCGUACGCUGGACAUUUCGUUCGCUGCCAGCUGCAGCGGUUCCCAGUCGUACAAGAGCUCGCUGGUGACGAUGAGUGGCGGCCACCACCAACGGAACGGGUACUUUCGGGAGGGCGGGAACGGAUAUGGGUAUCAUCUUCCGGACGGGGCCAACAUGUACUACUCGACGCCGCUUAAAGGGCAUUUGGGCGGCGAGCCGCCCAAGGAUCAGUUUUUGCUGAAUGAGAUCGACAAGUUUCUUCAGGUGGGGGGCGAGAAGGGGGAAGGUCAGCAGGUUCCGGUUAAGAGUGCGGAAACGUCGUUGAUCGACAUGAACAGCGUCUCGCUGAACGACUUUCCGUCGCUGACGGCGAGCGAUUUCAACGGGUUUGCCAAACCGAACGUUCCGCAAAAGCCGCCGAGGAGGGAGUUGAUGGCGAGCAGGACUUCGAUCGGAUCGCGGCCACCGAUGCUGAGCUUGAACGAGAUCUGGAACAGCAAUGCGAUUAAUCAGGAGAGUUCGAAGGUGCAGGAGGAGCGGCUGAGGAGGCAGCACUGCGAGCGGAACAUUCAGGCGCUGCAGUCGAAGCUGCUGGAGUACGAGCAGAAGCUGGCGGUGGCCAUCGACGUGGACAAGGAAAAGGAGGGGAUGAUUGUGAGGCAGGAGGAGGAGAUAUUGAGGUUGACCCAGCAGUGCCGCGACCUGGAGUUGCGUCACGCCGACGGCCAAGAGAAGCUGCUGCAGGAGAAUCUGGAGGCGAAGAAUAAAACCCUCUUCCUGGAGAAGGAACUGGCGGACACGAUUUCGGUGGUGCGUCGGCUGCAGGACAAAAACGACGCGUUGGAGACGAAGCUGGAGGGGUUGACCACGGCCAGCCGGGACGUUACGGAUGUGCACAAGAACCAGCUGAAGGACUUGGAGAUUCGGUUGGGGAACAGCAGGGAAAGUGAGCGAGGGUUGAAGGAGCAGCUGGGGAAGGUUCGCAAGAGUUACGAGCAGUUGCGGGAUGAGUUUGAGGUGGAGCGGAAGAAGGCGGAGGAAGGAAACAAGUUGAGGGCGGAUUUUGCCAGUUUGAAAGUCAAGACUGAUAAUUUGAGCAGAAAGUUUGCGGAAAUUAGUGGGCAGAAUGAGAGUUACAAGAAGCAAAUUGAAGAUUUGAAAGCACAAAUCGCCACGCACAUGGAAGAGAAGAAGAACCUCUUGAAAGAGUUGGACGUGCAACGGCUUUCCCUCAAGAAGUACUACCAGGCUCAGCUAGAGGACGUCGUGGGCGACAAGCUAAAGGAAUUCCAACACCAGCUUCUAACCGUCGAAGAUCAACUCAAAUCCGAUGCCAAAAAGAAAGAACGCCUCCUCGCGGAACGUGCCAUCAAGCAGAUCGAGCUGAUCAACGAAACCAACGAGCAAGAGAUCAAACUUCUCAACGAAAAGUACUCCGAACAGGAAGCCCUCUACCGCCUACAACUCACCAACUCGUCUAAAACCAUCCACGAACUCGAAGACAAACUCUCAACCUACCAAAACCGCCGCGCCGACAUCGCCGAGCAACUCCACACCAUCAUGGAGACCCAGUGGCAAAAAGCCCUCCAAGUUCUGACCUCCCCCUCCCCACAAUCCGCCCCCAACGACCAUCAUUUCAACCGCCUCUCCGUCGACCACAUCGACAAGGACCAGCUGGACGGCGUGCGGACGCUCAAGAGCGUCGCCGAGAACGAAACGUUUCAAACGCCCGUUAGCAACGGUCGAAGGCAGCUGCCGCGCGAUCUGCUGCACAAUUACAUCGAGCUGCUGCUGGAGAAAUCGCCCUGUGAUUUGCGAGAUCUGGAAGGGGUGUUGGCCGGGGGGAGGAAGCAGCAGCAGCAGCAGAAUAAUGGGAAGAAGGUGUCGCCGCAAACCAGUGGGAAUGGGAAGGUGGUGGCCGCGACGCAGAGCAGUGCGAAUUUGAGUCAGCUUAGUAGAACGAUCGGGAAGACGGCGAGGCCGUGGAAGUGAGAGGAAGUGCACAAAUAUUGUAAUUAAAUUUAAGAUUUUUUACGAACGAUGAUUUGUAUUUAUAGAUGAAUAAGUUUAUACAGCAAAAUAUAGUAAAUUUUAUUG